AUGCAAUUUGCAACGAAUUCCCCUCCCCUCCAUUGAUGAUGUCUCUUCCUCCAAAUAGUUCUGUUUACGUGGAGCAGGGAGUCAGAAAUGGCUUCACCCACCAAGAAACUUUUCAGAAUUUCUUCGAAUGUUGGCUAAUAGAACAAAACCAGCGCCUCCAAGAUCUCGUCUCCGCUGCCGAAUCCUACCAGCUUCAGAAUCAGAACCAAUUCGAAAGAGAAUCGGCGCUCCACGAGCUUAUCAAUCAAGUAAUCCAUCACUACGAGCACUAUUACAGCGCCAAAUCGCACUGGGUGAAGGAGGACGUUCUGUCUAUGCUAUCACCUUCAUGGAGAACCACGCUCGAAAACGCCUUCCUCUGGAUCGGCGGUUGGCGUCCAAGCAUGGCGUUUCAUCUCCUCUAUUCCAAAUCAGGGAUCCAACUCGAGGCCGCGCUGUCCGACUUCCUUCGUGGACUCCCAACGGCCGAUUUGGGAGAGUUUUCGCCGGAUCAAAUCAUGCAAGUUGAUGAGUUGCAUUUGCGGACCAUUGGAGAGGAGAGAGAGAUAACGGAAAAGUUGGCGAAGCGACAGCAGACUGUAGCGGAUCCGUCCAUGGUGGAGCUGUCGCAUGCUGUUAGCGAGAUGAUGCGGGAUGAAAGUGGGAGCUCGUCGGGAAUUGUAGAACAGGAAAGAGUGGAUACGGUGAUCGGAGAGAAGGAGAGAGGAUUGGAGGAGAUUCUGCAGAUAGCGGAUGAGUUGAGGAUGAGGACUUUGAAAGGAGUGAUUGAGAUACUCAGUCCGAUUGAGGUCGUUCAUUUCUUGAUUGCGGCGGCGGAGCUUCAUCUCAGGAUGCAUGAUUGGGGGAAGAAGAAGGAGGCGAGACAUAAUCAAGAAGAAGAGGUGCAGCCGAAUGGAGUUGAAGAGGAGGUGCUGCAGAAUGGAGUUGAAGUAAGCUCAUGAAUAAUAAUAAUAGGUUGAGAUGAAUCUUUUCAACUUUCCUUAUGCUUAGCCUGCUUGCUUUUGUUCUUGGUUUGUUUUAUGUUUUCUACUUUAAGCUUUUUUUUUUUUACUUGUUUGUACUUGUAAUGUUUUUCUACCUUUCCA